ACAUGGAAAACCCAAAAACCAAAUAUACCCUUUUGAUGAUUCAUCAUAUUGUGUGCUCCAAUUUCCAAACUGUAUAUUGCCAAAAAUAACCCUAACAUUGGAUUAAGAUUUACCACUAAAUCCCACCAUAAACAAACUAAAGCUACACCAUUUGUAAAAGGGUUUUCAGUUUAAAAAAAAGAAGAGAGCUUUAUGAUAGUUACUACCAAACCUACAUUUAUAUAUAUAAAAAAUCUUUACCAUAUGCUCAGUUUGGUCUCAGCAUCAAAAACUUGCUUCCUUGGCCGCAGUUCGUUUUAAUUCAUCCGAAACUCUAAACCCUAAACCCGGGAAAGAGAUCAUCGAUGGCUUCCGAAGGAAAUUUCGGGACAUAUCGGCCGUCUAGUAGCUCGGCUGCAGCCACUGCGGUGGCCGCCGGCUCCUUCCUGGCGUCCCUCCACAAGUCCAUCUUCACUUUCCAUAGCCGCCUUCUCCGGUGUUUCUCCAGACUCUUUGGUGCGUCCGCUUCCGCAAAGCAAGGCUGCAAGAAAUCGGAGAAAAUCUCUUUUCCGCCGCUGCUGGUGGAAUCUACGAGCAAGAAAUUAAGGACGGUCGUUCUCGACUUGGACGAGACGUUGGUCCACUCGACAGUGCAGCCACCAAAAGUUAAGUUCGAUUUCAUGGUCAGGGUGAGAACCGAAGGGAUGGUUAUACCGGUCUUUGUGGUGAAGCGUCCGGGCCUCGACAAGUUCUUGGAGAGAAUCGGCGAAAACUUCAAGGUGGCGAUCUUCACGGCCGGGAUAUCGGAAUACGCUUCACAGGUUUUGGACAAGCUGGACAUGAAACACGUUAUAUCCCAACGGCUGUACAGGGACUCGUGCAAGGAAGUGGUGACGGGAAAAUACGUGAAGGACUUAUCUCUGGUGGAGGGGAAUGACCUCGGGAACGUUCUGAUGGUCGACGACAACCCAUUUUCCUUCUCGCUUCACCCGGAGAACGGUCUGCCCAUAAAGCCUUUCGUGGACGAUAUGAAAGACCGGGAGCUGAUGAAGCUCGUGGAGUUCUUCGACGGCUGCGACCAGUACGAGGAUAUGAGGGCUGCUGCUAAAAGAUUUCUGACCAAACAGCUGUGAUCUCAUGUUCGGUUUUUUCCCCGUCGGAGAAAGGACGCUUCAUUCUCCACACGUUGCUC